GACAAAACGGAGGUAGGCAAAGUGAUGGUGAAAUGAGUCAUGCGCGAGCGUAUAAGGCUGUGUCGCGCACGAGGACCAAAACGGUAAAUAACAACGACGAUAUAAAAAAUAAAUCUGUCACGAUUAAUUCUUGCCUUUACGGACCGAGUCACUCGUUCAACAGUCGAUCGAAUGACAGUGUCUAAAAGCGUCACGUUGUACAGUGGCUAUUUUGAAGUAAAAUGUGCGAUGAAGAACAGAGUUCCACUCCAGUCGAAACCGAUGAAACGGACGCCCGAUUAUCUUUGCUGGACCUUCCGGUCGAGAUAUUCUUCCAUAUAUGCUCCUUCUUGGACGCAGCCACACUGGUGCACGGAUUGAGCUUAGCGUGUAAACAGUUUUAUCACAUUUUAAACGACAACUUGCAAUGGAGAAUGAGGACAAGACAGAUUUGGCCAGAUACUUGUUAUCCGGUUCUGCCUCCUGCUGACGAUGAUGAGCUGUUCUGGAAAUUAUCGUGCGUUGCACUAGAGAAACAGAUAUCGUUAUGGGGGAAAGAAGAUUCUAUGGAAAAAUUGUCUUUACAUGAUAAAGUCCAAUACAGUACUAUCGAUGGUUUACUAUUAAUGCAGGACGGGAACAUUUGCAUAUCAGGAGCCAGAGAUCGAUCUCUAGUAUGUUGGAAGCUUUCUACAAAGAGAAACGAAAAGGGCAGCUACAAAUGUAUAGAGUUUGCUCACGACGGGUGGAUUUGGGACCUAGCAGCGAUAGAUAACACGGUCUAUAGUUGCAGCUGGGACCAGACCGUGAAAUCAUGGACGCUGACAAACACCGGUCUCGUUCACUCCAAAACUUAUGAGAUGAGUGUCACAGGCGCUUUGCUGUGCGUCGCGUCCUGUCCAGAGCUGGCUCUCUUCGCCACAGGAUCGUUCUGUAGAACCAUCUUUGUAUUUGAUCAAAGAGUAAACUAUAAACCUGUUAUACACUAUCGACCGCAUAGGCGAGCGGUAAUUCGACUGGUCAUGAACUCUCACUUCAUUUUAUCCGGUAGCGAGGAUAGAACGGUGUCCGUGUGGGACCAGAGAGCGGGAAAGAUCAUGGAAAAUGUCACGAUUUCGCAAGAAUCGUUUCCUAUGAGCAUGUGCAUGCAGCGGGACAUAGUUUACGUAGGAGAUGGCAAUGCCAAGUUGCAUGUACUCGAUCCGAAAGCGAACUUUAAGCCAGUCAAGUGCUACAGCACUGAACAUAAGAAAGGUAUCAACGGCGUUCACGCUGCACCUGGAUGUUUGAUUACAAGUUCUAUGGACGCUACGGUGCGAAUUUCCAGUCCUACGGACCCUCCGCAACAUCUGACUACUUUAAAUUCGAGUUACGGUGAAAUAGCUAGCACGGAUUAUUUAAACAAUGUUCUCGCUAUAUCUGGUACAGAGGGAAUUGAAAUAUGGAGACCGAGGUCGUUGAUGCAGUGUGCAUAAACUUGUCAAUAAGUCAAUGAUCACUGUAAGCAGUUGGCUUUUCUACGCUGUAUCUCCUUUGAAUUUUAAUAACGUUUUAAUAAAAGUUACAAAAAUAUAUGUAUA